AUGAAUGUUAAGCAGUCACAGCAGCAACAAUGCAACUACUCGACUGGUUACCAACAGUUAUCUUCAUACAGAAUGUUCAGCAACAACAACAUUCAACAGCUACAGCAACAGAAGCAACAACAACAAGCACUGCAAUCAUUCUCUUCAAUGUCUUACCGUUUCUACUCAUCAGGAAACUACCCAUCUCAUCAGAAGCUUGAUAUGCCAGCUCUGUCACCAACAAUGACUGAGGGAAAUAUUGCAAAGUGGAGAAAGAAUGAGGGAGAUCAGAUCAAGGUUGGCGAUAUUCUUGCAGAGAUUGAGACUGAUAAGGCUACAAUGGACUUUGAGGCCACUGAGAAUGGAUACCUUGCCAAGAUCAUCUCACCAGAUGGAGCAAAGGGUGUCCCUGUCAACAAUACUAUAGCCAUUAUCUGUUCAAAGAAGGAUGAUGUUGCCAAGUUCAAGGACUACAAGUUGGGUGCUGCCGCUGCUGCUCCAGCCGCUGCCGCUGCCCCAGCCCCCGCCGCCGCCGCUGCUCCAGCUGCUGCCAAACCAGCUCCAGCUCCAGCCGCUGCCGCUCCAAGCAACUAUCCAAAGCACUUGGUUGUUGGAAUGCCAGCUUUGUCCCCAAGUAUGGAGACUGGUGGUCUCGCCAAGUGGAGAAAGAAUGAGGGCGAUCAGAUUAAGGUUGGCGAUGUCAUUGCUGAGGUUGAGACUGAUAAGGCUACAAUGGACUUUGAGUGUCAGGACUCUGGCUACUUGGCCAAGAUCUUGGUUCCAGCUGGAAAGUCUGGAAUCGCCAUCAACGAACCAGUAUGCAUUAUAGUUAGCAAGAAGGAUGACGUUGCUAAGUUCAAGGAUUACACUGCUGCUGCUGCUGCUGCUCCAGCCGCCGCUGCCCCAGCCGCUGCCCCAGCUGCCGCCGCUGCUGCUCCAUCAGCUGCAACUUCAGCUCCACAACAACAGUCAGCCGCCCCUCAGAAGUCUGAGGGUGGACGUGUAUUCGCAUCACCUGCAGCUAGAUCCGCUGCCAAGGAGAAGGGAGUCGAUGUCAGUGGCGUCCCAGGCACCGGACCAAACAGCCGUGUGCUCAAGGCCGACGUACUCGAGUAUGAGGCACCAAAGGUUGUCGAGCAGGCCACCGCCGCGCCAUCCAGAGGCGCUGCCGCUGUUGUCGAGUCAGAUGGAGGAUACACCGACAUUCCACACUCCAACAUUCGCAAGGUCACCGCCGCCCGUUUGUCCGAGUCCAAGCAGACCAUCCCACAUUACUACCUCACCAUGGAGUGCCGUGUUGACAAGCUUCUCAAGAUUCGCACUGAGUUGAACGCUCAAGCUGAUGGAAAAUACAAGCUCUCUGUCAACGACUUUAUCAUAAAGGCAGCCUCUGCAGCACUGAGAGACGUGCCAACUGUCAACAGCACUUGGAUGUCCACUGUUGUCAGACAAUUCCACAAUGUCGAUAUCAAUGUGGCCGUCAACACUGACAUUGGUCUGUUCACUCCACUGGUUCGCGACAGUGACAAGAAGGGCCUGGCCACCAUUGCCAACCAGGUCAGAGAGAUGGCCGAGAAGGCCAAGAAGGGCAAGUUGCAGCCACACGAGUUCCAGUCAGGCACAUUCACCAUCUCCAACCUGGGCAUGUUUGGAAUCAAGAGCUUCUCAGCCGUGAUCAACCCACCACAGGCUGCCAUCCUGGCCGUUGGCACAACAGAGUCGCGAUUGGUUCCAAUUGAGAAGCCCAAGGAGGGCGAGCUGCCAUACGAGACUGCCACCAUCUUGUCCGUUACCCUUAGCUGUGAUCACCGUGUCAUCGAUGGUGCCAUUGGUGCUGAGUGGUUGCAACGCUUCAAGGACUACAUCGAGAACCCAUUGAAGCUUCUCCUUUAA